AUGCCUCUUGCAAUUUAUGCUCUAGACUCGCCAGUUGGCUAUCAAUGGAGAGCAUCAAAGGUCUUUGUCACUGCCGUUAUUUCUAUGGCUAUGUUUUCUGAUACAUUCUUGUUUAGCUUCAUCGUUCCUAUUUUACCUGAGAUGCUCGAGAUUCGUAUCGGAACAAAUCCUGCGCACACUCAAAUCCUUACCUCAAUCAUACUCUCAAUGAACGCAACGGUAUCCAUUACAAUUGCACCUUUCAUAGCUCAUUUCGCCGAUAAAACAUCCGAGAAAACCCGCCUCUUGGUAAUCUCCUCGGCAAUCAACGCGAUUGGGACACUGCUCAAUGCGUGGCCAGCGAAACUGCCUGUGCUGAUUAUUGGUCGAACAAUCCAAACCAUUUCCGGGUCAUUGAUUUGGAUCAUUGGAAUGGCAAUUCUUGCGGAUACCGUGGGGGUGGGAAAUCUCGCCAAAGCGCUAGGCUUGACAUACAUGUUCGUCAGUGCAGGUUUCCUAUCCGGUCCAGCCGUUUCGGGAACACUGUACAAAUUAGUAUCGUAUCGAUUCAUUUGGACAGUGGCCUUUGGGGUCAUCGCUAUCGGACUAAUCCUCCAACUGCUUGUGAUAUGUCCAACUAACAAUGACGAGAGCACCAUGACGAACAAUUCCCUAGACGGGGAAAGUGCUGGCUCUGGUGAAACCGCUACCGACAUAGAUGAUGGCGCAGAGAACAGCCCACUUCUACGUCCAAACUCAUUAGCGACGACUACGUAUCAAUCUCUGGUAAGUGUGGAGGGAAACAUAUCUUUGGAUCGUUGGAAAACAGCGCAGCCGGAGACACAGAAUGCGUACUACCUGAUGCUCCGGCAAAGUCGUGUUUCUACAGCACUAGCUGCUGAUAUCUUGUUCGCCAUGAUACUCUCCAGCUUUGAAACUACAAUCCCCCUGCAUGUAAAGUCAGUAUUUCAAUGGGAUAGUCUUCACGCGGGGUUGUUAUUUCUUCUGCUUCAACUGCCAUCUAUGGUUUUAGUACUCCCCGCAGGAUGGGUGAAAGACAAAAUUGGAAUGAGGUAUCCCGUCACAAUUGGUUUUCUAUUAACUGCGCCCUCGCUCUGGCUUCUUGGAGUAGCGGGUAACGAAAGUUUCCCAUGGUCGGGUACGAAGAAAGCGGCUGAAGCAAUUUAUCUCACUGCACUUGUGGGGCUUGGAGUUUGCAGAACACUGCUCUUGGGAUUUGGAGGUGUUGAAGUCAUGCAUGGCGCAAAUGCGGUCGAGGAAGAAUUUCCGGGGAUAUUCGGUCCGAACGGUGGAUAUUCUCGAUCGUUCUCAUUAUCCAAUAUAACUUGGAAAUUCGGGAUGUUUGUUGGACCUUUGAUCUCUGGGACAUUGACGGACAAGUUUGGAUACUAUUAUAUGAACCGCUUUCUUGGUAAGAUCUUUUCAUUGGUCAUUGCACCCAGUGCUAGGGUUCCCUUCUCCUCGAAUGUCAAUGUCAGUGCUGAUGACAACAGCAAUCUUGUGUUUAAUCACAGCGGUAUCGACAUUUUUGAUCAUUCGAGAUAG